AUGGAAGUCUUGAGCGCCAAAUGCAAGACCAGAAUAGGCUUCUGGAAUGUGCGCACCAUGUAUGAAACUGGUAAGUUGACACAAAUUACGGCCGAGAUGAGGCGUUACAACUUACACAUACUUGGAGUAAGUGAAAGCAGAUGGACAGGCUCUGGAAGAGUAAAGACCCAGACCAGAGAGACAGUGCUGUAUUCUGGCAGAGAGGACAACCAACACCAUGAGGGAGUAGCCAUCAUCCUGAGGAAAGGAAUAGAUAAGUGCCUGAUAGAGUGGAAGCCGAUCAACAGCAGACUGAUUACAGCCAGAGUGAGAGGGAGACAUGGCAACAUGACCUUGAUCCAGUGCUAUGCACCAACCAACGACAGCGAUGAUGAGGCGAAGGACACCUUUUACGAUCAAUUGCAGGCAGAAGUAAGUGCAGCACCCCACCAUGACCUGUUGAUUGUGAUGGGCGACAUGAAUGCCAAAGUUGGGAACGACAACACCCAUGUAGAGAGAGCUAUGGGCAGACAUGGUUGUGGCUGCAUGAACGAGAACGGAGAGAGACUAGUGGAGCUAUGCACUAUGUACAACCUAGUGAUUGGAGGAACGCUAUUCCCUCACCGCAAUGUCCACAAACUAACAUGGUGCUCACCCAAUGGUAGGGACAGUAACCAGAUCGACCACCUAAUGAUCAACGGCUCCUGGAGACGUUCCCUGCUCGACGUCAGGGCGAGAAGAGGAGAUGUUGGAAGUGACCAUCACCUUGUUGUAGCAGACAUAAAAAUGAAACUGCGAAGUACAGGACGCAAGUCAGCAGCACACAGACGCUUUGAUGUGGAAAGAUUGCAGGACCCCAAACUGAAAAACGCCUUCACUCUUCAAGUGAAAAACAGAUUUCAGGCACUUGCAGACAUGACAGACAUUUGCGAGGCAAAUGCAGAAAGCAUAAACCAGAGAUGGGACCUUGUGAGAACAGUGUACCAGAAAAGCAGCGAGACUAGUCUUGGACUGAGAGGAACUAAGAAGAAGGAAUGUAUAACACCAGAAACGUGGAAGGCGAUAGAGGAAAGAAGAGAACUAAAAAAGAAGGUGACUAGCACCAGAUCCGAAAGACUGCAAGAGAAGUUCAAACUACAGUACAGAGAGAUGAACCAGAAAGUGAAACGCUUGGCGAGAACAGACAAGCGGGCCUACUUGAACAACCUAGCAAAUGAAGCCGAAGAAGCAGCAAGAAAAAGAGAACAAGGAAAGCUGUACAAGAUCACCAAGACAAUUAGCGGCAAAUUCCACAGCACCAACGAUGCCCCAGUCAAGGACAAGGAAGGGAAGCUGCUAACGACAGAGAGAGAACAAGAAGCACGCUGGGCUGAACACUUCAGAGAGGUCCUGAACAGACCACCACCUUCCGAAGAAGCCGACAUACAAGAAGCCAUUGAGGACCUAGACGUUAACAUCGCCCCACCAGAGAAGCAGGAAAUCAUCACAGCAAUCAAAUCCUUGAAGAACAGAAAGGCACCAGGCCAGGACAAUCUGAAUGCUGAACUAUUCAAAGCUGACCCAGAACUGGCAGCCAAUAUCCUGCAACCCCUAUUUACCGCAAUACGGGAAGGGAAGACAAUCUCCAACGAUGAACUGCUUGCCCGGUGUGGGCAGGAGAGCAUGACCACCAUCCUAAUGAAGAAGCGAUGGCGCUGGAUUGGUCACGUCAUCAGAGGCGGAAGCAACUCCAUCACAAAAACUGCCUUACACUGGACUCCAGAGGGAAAACACAAGCGAGGCCGGCCCAAGAACACCUGGCGACGAACUGUGGAGGCAGAAAUGAAGACCCUAAACCACAGCUGGGGCACUGUGGGGAAGCUAGCCCAGGACAGACAAAAGUGGAGGAACUUUGUCGCUGCCCUACGUGCCGACUGGCAUAACGGGCAGUAA